GUGCCGCCCGUCUGGACCCUGCGGCCUGAGCUCGGGCCUGUGGUUGUCUUCGCGGCUGAAAGGCGAAGUCAGAGCGCAGCCUGCUUCCCUGGUGUGGCCGUGCUGACCACGGCCCAGCACCCAGCCUGGGGCCUCCCUCCUCCACACCCCCUGAGCACAGACGAGACAGGUCCUUUAUGCCUGCACCAUGGGCCCUGGUGUGGGACACGGAAGACGGGACCGCCCAGGGCCCCCCAAGCCAGGACCCCACACGACACUGUCCCACCCCACCCCAGACCCCACAGGACCCCACAUGACCCCCGCACGACCCCCACAUGACCCUGGCCCACCCCAGCCGACUCCCUCACCGCUCUCGCCCCUCAGGCCUCUCUGCACCUGAGACAACCCCGGGCCCCACCCCAUAUGCCCCCACCCCGUGCCAGCCUUCCCUGCUGCCUGGCCCCCAGCUUGUCCUGGACCGGGCUCCUCACAGGAGCCAGUGUGGGGAGCGAGCGGGCCAGUGUGUGGAGAGCAGAGGACACGGCUCCCGCAGCCCCCACAUCCGGACAGCCGCCUGGUCUGGGCCUGGACGGCCGGGAAGAGCGGCCCCACCGCCGGCAUCGGCCAAGCCCUCCCUCGGGCUCCAGAGCUCCUGCUCCCACCCAACACCCACGGCGCCUCGGCGGGAUGCUCUGGGCUCCCUGUGGGAAGCUCGGCCCUGCACCGUCUCAGGACUGACCGGCACCAUCAAGAACGCGUGUGUCCUGCCCGCCCGGGCUCCCACGUGGGGACAGCUGAGCAGGGAGAACGCGCUCAGACAUGCCUUCGUGGGGUCCGUGUCCACCGGCUAUCAUGUCCAGCAGUGGAACUGCUGGGUCACCCUGCUUAACCCUGAGAAGCAGCAACAGUGGCCCCAGCUGUCUCUCCGCGUUUAGGCACCACCUGCUGGUCUCCCUCCCUCGGGCAGGAGGACCAUCGCAGCCCCAGCCCGCAUGUCCGAACAAAAGGCCCCUCGCCACGGUUCUCUCCCGAGUCUCCCGGGGGGAUUACGGCAGAGUCGCCCCAGCGGACAGCAGGACCUCACGGCCAGGCUGCCCACCCGGGUCUGGGGACACAGCUCGGCACCCCAUCACCCGCUGUGGUUACUCUGGUCUGUUUUUAUUUCAGCCCAUUCACGAGGUCACU